ACUUACUCGGACAUUCGGGGCCCAAGCUUGUGCGACAGGAUAGGUAGAGAGAACCUGGACCUGGUGCAUCACGCAUGCUCAAGUCCUUUGGCCGACUCGUGCAUGAACCCAGCAUCACACGCGCGGCGACCCUCACCGCCCUGCCGCCAGCCUUGAUAAGCGUCGUCGCGACACCGGGGGCAGGGGGGGUUUCAGAUGGGUCGCUUGCUCUUUUGAGCUCGAGAAAAGGCCAGCGCACGAAUGCAAGCUGCACGGGGGGCCAUAAUCCCAUCACGCGGCCCGUAGCUUUAGCGGCCGUUGGAGAUGGCUUGCGGCUUGCCGUUCGGCCGCGGGAGAUCGUGGCUACUACUACUGUACCUACCUAUUUAUUUAUUGAUUUAUUUAUUGAUUAUUGGUUUGUUUCUUGUCGUGGUCGGCGUCUGGCAGGAUGAUGGAAGGACAACAGCAGCAAGAAAAGCUAGGUAAAAAAGCGCAUCGCGUGAGGCGGCACUGCCAGCAAAUGCGUUUCCAAAGCUGUGGUUCUUCCGCGAGCUCCGCAUCG